AUGAAUCGCAGUAUACUUACAAGGCAGUUGCAACAAAGAAGGCUGGAAAAUGAACUGAGACAAAGGGAGGCUGAAAAAAGGCUGCGCAUACUGCAAGAAAAACGACGAGAAGAAGAGAGAAGGCGAGUGAAGUAUCAACAACAGGGGCAACGUGAGAUAAAACAAGAAGAAGCGAGGAAGAGAGAAGAGGAAGAAAGGCGCCUGCGUUUGGAGAUCGAACUGUGCCUCCGUCGAGCUGCGCUGUUUGACUACAAAUUUGGGAACAAGAUCAAACUGGAUAGUUUCAAAGGUCUGGCAAUAGAUGAUGUGACACAACUCAGAAUCGGUGUGUUCGGACCUACUGGUUCUGGCAGGAGCUCCUUUAUCAACACGUGUGAACGAGCAUUGAGGCAGACAGAUAAAGGCACAGCUCCUGACAGCACCACAGGUCAAGAAGGAACCAUAAUUCUACGGGAUUAUCUCCCAGAGUUAUUCUUCCACUUGGUUUAUACAAGUGGUCUCUUCAACUACAACGCUAACGAAACCGUGCAAUUUGAGAACAUCUUGGAAGGAAAGAUACAACCUGGGGAUAAUGUGGUCAGUUCUAAAGAAGACCAAGAAGAUGCUAUGGACCUUCACCCAUGUCCACCAUUUGUCAACCGUCUGCAUGGUAUCAUCAUUCUUUUCAUGGCGAAUGACCCGCGACUGAUGGGAGGUGCCUUGAAGGAUUACCUAAAACCAAUUCGAGAUAUUCUGCGUAGAACUGGUUAAGUGUUUGCUAGUAAUGAUAAUCAAUAUAAAACACCUAUGCAGACAGAGACCGACAAUCAGACCGACGGGGACUUUUCAGUUCUCAACACGGAGUUACAAAGAAUUGGUUUCCAAUAAAGCCGUGCAUGCAAUAAAAAAUCAAAAUAUAUAAUAUGACAAAAAUUACAUAUUCAAUUACAGAUAUACAAAACUAAAAAGAGUACCCUGGAGAUCGAGGUUGCGCAAAGAUUUCAUAAUAAACCUCGAGAAAUGGUUUAACUUUUAUUAUAGUAACUGUUGGAAGAGUAUUCCGUAGCUUAGCACCUUGAUAAGAGAGACGUUUUUCUUGAAGUAUUCGGUGCUUUUGGAAAUAUUGUCAGACAUGUAGAGCACAUCACGUACUACAGCAAUCAAAUUGCACUCUUUGGUAGAUCAACUCCCUCUCCUGGCUUGAAUGUUCUGUUACGGUACAGUCAGUAGUACCUCUCGAUUUAAGAAAAAUUAGGAUCUAGUCAACUCUAUCACAUUAUGAGGCUCGAAAACACAACGUGACCGUGACACAAAGGGCUUUGCAUUAAAGUUGGCGUUUUUUCAUGCAAUUAAUUUGGCCCAAAUUGGAAAAGAAUUAUCAGCAAGAGUUAACAAUUUAUCAUACAAAACGGCCCUGUUGCUGACCUCGGCUUACAAAAUGUUAUUUGAUAUUAAACGGUGGCGUUUUGUUAAUGCGAGACAUAGAAAUGGUUGGGAGAAUGACUGAUUCAGUUUCGUAUUACGCUUGAGAUCGUUACAGUUAUUUUUAAAAUGUGUGACCAAGAGAUAAGCACAGGGCUCUAAAGCUUAAAAAAGAAACUCUUCCAACUAAAAAAAAAAAACUAUUAGACUAGGGAGACUGAUAGACCUGCACAAAUAAUUUCAGUGUCUGUUUUGAGAGACCUAUUUUAUUGUUUAAUCCGUUUUUAGUUCUGGUUUCAUUGUUUCCUUUCACAAUCCUUUACCAAUCUAUUCAUUUCUUUUUGCUCCCACAAAAGGAAUCGCACCCAUCACUGUUGUUACGCACCGUGACAAACAGAGCACAGAAGAGGAAUGUGAAAACGUAGUUUACGCAGCUUCAGCGGCUACUGGCAGUUUACCCAGUGACACUUUUUUCGUGACUAACUACUGCAAAGACAACAGCAAACGCAAUCCAGAAACAGAGCGUAUGGUUUUCGACAUUCUACACUGCGCGCUGUUGAAGGCUGAGACUGCAGUAAAGAUCAUGAAACAGACCCAGAGAAACGAAGAAGAGUAUGAGAAGAAGCGCGCGCUUGAAGGAACUAAUGUCAGCGAACAAGUUGCGCCAGACUCCGCGGAAGGUGAUCAACAAACCUUUAUUUCCUACACACAAUAUGUAAGAUAG